UCUGAUUCCGUAAGUGUGCACAAGUCAUAUGCCUACUUGAAUAGAAGGAAAAGAAGAUUCUUUGCCAUGGUCCCUCAGGAUCCCUUAUCUGCACCUUAAAAUCUGCACAGACAAAAUCAGCGAGGGUAAUUUGCCUUUCCAUUUGAGUUGUCAAGGGUGCUUUUAGAUUUCCCACAUCUACUCGCAAGAGUUCCAGGAGCUGUCCGGAAGCAGCAGUCUGGCUGCAGGGCUGGGCAGGGAACUGGCCAGGUGUGCCGGGAAGGUGCCAACUCUUUCUACAAAGCAGAAGUCUUUUCCAUCAUCGAAUGCAAAGCAGCCAGCCGGUUUCCACCCUCACCUCUCCAGUCCCCGGCCCCCUCAUCCGGUGCGGGGAGAUAGAACAGGCUGGGAGGCGUUAACUAGCCCUCUGCUCCUUUCCCGGAUCUGGAGGCAGCUGCAGUUCCUAACCCAGCCAGCGGGCCCAUCUGCACUAGCUUCGAGCUGACCCACGGAUUGCGCUAAGCCCAAAUUGAGUUGUGGCAUCCCGGGAAGCGGAGUGAGCGGGUCUAGAAACCCCAAGUGUGAGACGUGGAGAAAGAAGCUGGUGGGUAAAGUUCAGCGUCAGGUGGGAAGAGAGGUCUGAGCCUAGCUGCUGGCAUGCGGUGUGUGGCCGGGCUGCAGACGUCUGGCUCGGGUCCGCUAGUGCGCUGCCUCUUCCUCUGGCACUGAGGUUGGGAGUUGGCGAAAUUCCCUCACCUGUCUGAACCCGGAUCUGGCAGCGGGAAGGGGGCUGGAAGCCAGUGCCUGCUGGUUACAGCAAGCUUGGCAAGUGGACCUGCCUGCACUAGGGCGCCACCGCCAAGGAGGGAGGUGUGAGACUGCUCGCACUCCAGCCUCUUGUUGCUCUCCUUUGUCCCCAGGCACCAAAGGCUUGGGGUAGGUCUUCAGGCAACUCCUGUAGACGUCAAGGCUGUAGGUUCGAGACGCCCCGCCUCCUCCUGUCACUUAGAGCCAUCACUCCAGAGUCCUGGAGGAACCUUCCAUUCGGCGAAGGUCUAAGGAUUGAGAUUUUCAGAACACUGCAGACAGGGACUAGCUGGUCCUUUAUCUGCAAGCCACGCCACACCUGCUGCUAGCCUACGACACCCUACAGUCGCGGAGAGACCACUCUUGCAGCGGCACCGACGCCCCAACUUUUGAUUCGCGGUCUGUGUUGCCUACCUGGGUGCCCAGCUACAGUGUCUGGGAGCGCACAUCUUCUGGAGACAGCGCCACUCACACCGCCCAACUCGCUCUUCUCUCCCUCCCAAGCGCCGGGUUGAGUGCCUGAUCCGGGACCACACAAGCACUCAGGACUCGCCGGACCUCGGAACUACCUUCGAGAAAGCGGUUAGCCCAGGAGGUCCGAGCCUCUUGCUCCAUACCAUAGUCUGUUCAAGUGUUUCCUCUUCAAAUCCAGCGCCUGGCGCGGAUAAUCCGCACAGCCGGGCUUUAAACUCCAGGUCCCUGUCGCUCUGUUGGGGUGGUAAGCCAUGGCCGGCUGCUGCUGUCUGUCUGCGGAGGAGAAAGAGUCGCAGCGCAUCAGCGCGGAGAUUGAACGGCAACUUCGCCGCGACAAGAAGGACGCGCGCCGCGAGCUCAAGCUGUUGUUGCUGGGAACUGGUGAGAGUGGGAAAAGCACCUUUAUCAAGCAGAUGAGGAUAAUCCACGGGUCUGGCUACAGCGAUGAAGAUAGAAAGGGCUUCACGAAGCUGGUUUACCAAAACAUAUUCACGGCCAUGCAAGCCAUGAUCAGAGCAAUGGACACCCUGAGGAUACAAUACACGUGUGAGCAGAAUAAGGAAAAUGCCCAGAUCAUCAGAGAAGUGGAAGUAGACAAAGUCUCUGCGAUCUCCAGAGACCAGGUGGCAGCCAUCAAGCAGCUGUGGCUGGAUCCGGGAAUCCAGGAGUGUUACGACAGGAGGAGGGAGUACCAGCUGUCAGACUCUGCCAAAUAUUACCUGACGGACAUUGACCGAAUUGCCAUGCCCUCUUUCGUGCCAACGCAACAGGACGUACUUCGUGUUCGAGUGCCUACCACUGGCAUCAUAGAAUAUCCAUUUGACUUGGAGAACAUCAUCUUCCGGAUGGUGGAUGUUGGUGGCCAGCGAUCUGAACGACGGAAAUGGAUUCACUGCUUUGAGAGCGUCACCUCCAUCAUUUUCUUGGUUGCUCUGAGUGAAUAUGACCAGGUUCUGGCUGAGUGUGACAAUGAGAACCGUAUGGAGGAGAGCAAAGCCCUGUUUAAAACCAUCAUCACCUACCCCUGGUUUUUGAACUCCUCUGUGAUUCUGUUCUUAAACAAGAAGGAUCUUUUGGAAGAGAAAAUCAUGUACUCUCAUCUAAUCAGCUACUUCCCAGAGUACACAGGACCAAAGCAAGAUGUCAAAGCUGCCAGGGACUUUAUCCUCAAGCUGUAUCAAGACCAGAAUCCUGACAAAGAGAAAGUCAUCUACUCGCACUUCACGUGUGCCACAGACACGGAGAACAUCCGCUUCGUGUUUGCUGCUGUCAAGGACACGAUCCUGCAGCUGAACCUGCGGGAGUUCAACUUGGUGUAAAUGGAGGUCGAGCUGAGCUCUUUCUUCCUGCCCAAUCUACAAGUGCUUCUGACCACCUGGACCAGGACCCAAGAACAUUACAUAGCCUGCAGCACAGAGAUGGACAGUGCAAUGUGAAAAAUACUUUACCAACCCUUUUAAGUGUCUUUAAUUCUUGAUGGUGUAAUUCUUUUCUUACCUUUUGGCUCUACGAUUAGGUAUAAUUUUUGAGUGAUUUCCUCCCUUUUUUAAACUAGUGCUCAACAGCUAUUAAAAAUCACGUAACAGAGGGACUUGUUAAUUUACAAAUCAUGGCUUCAGACCUCUGAGAUUCAUUUAGGUGCCUAAAACAUCUUCAUAGGCUUGAUAAUUUUAAAAUAAAUUUUAAGGAAACAUUUCUAACAUUUCUUCCCCUUAAUGCUGAAGUAUGACUCAUGUAACAUUUUGUUAAACCAAAAAGCUUCUUUCUAUGCCUUUUUUGGGGUUAUUUUUUUAUUUAAAAACAGGCUUAAGUAGUCCAGGCUGGCUUCCAAUUCAAUGUAAUUGAGCAUGGCCUUGGUCCUCCUGCCUGAAUGUUCCAUGCUCAGCUAGGACUUUUUUUCUGAGACAGGCCUCAUGCAUUCCAUUCUGGUCUCUCACACACUAUGUGGUCGAGGAAGACCUUGGACUUCUGAUUCUUUUGUCUUCAUAUACACAACCUAUUUAAGGCAGUUCUCCCAUGGUUGCUAAUUCCUAACACUAAGAGAUCUCAAACAGUGUGAUUUCACAUUGACAUUUACAGGUUAGUAAUGGUUGGAUGUAUGUGUCACAUAAUAAUUUAAGUGAUGCAUGGGAUGGGACCCAGGGCUUUGUGCAUGCUAGGCAAAUGUUCUGCCAAUGGAGCUAUACCCCCAGUCAAAGAUUUAAAAAGCAGUUCUUUUCAUGUCAGCUUUCUAAUCCAAAUUAUUAUUAUCCAAACAUUAAUUUUGCCACAAUUUGAUAACACCAACUGUGACAUAUGAUAAGUGGACUCUAGAUAUUGCAUUGUGUGUGUCCUGAUGCAACAUGGCCGGGUCUUAUAGCUUAUGGAAUGGUUAAAGCAUAACUUGUUUAGCAGAUGUUAUAUAAACCUUGUCAAAGCUCUGGUGGCAACCACAAAUGUGCUGUUUGAACUGUGUACGCUGUGCCUUUCUGGAUACUAAGAAUACACUGUUCUACCCUCAA